AUGUUUACAGUGCACGCCCUCGCUCUCCUUGCUGCCACCGUUGCAGUCAUUGGGUCGGUAGCGGCAGGCAACACCCCAAGUUGCACCUACUUACCCGUCUUUUUCUUUCAUGGGGCCACCGGCGACUUGACCAAUGGUGCUAAAAUUGAAGGUAAUCUGACUGGCGAUGGACGCACUUACACUGCCCUCGACUUUUGCUCAAAUGCGUGUUCGGUCCGCACGUCCAUCUCUGAUCAAGUGGUGAUGGCCAUCAAACAGAUACGCGAUAUCAUUGCCAAAGACACUGCAACCUACGCUCACGGAUACCACUUCUUGGCCCACUCGCAAGGUGGUUCCAUUGCCCGCGGUGUAAUUGAAGAGAUGGACGAUCACAACGUCCACUCGUUCAUCAGUCUAGCAGGUGACGGCAACGGCAACUUCUAUGGUCCUCAGGUCUCCGAUGCCAUUCCUCGUCAGGUUUUGCUGCAGGCUCUGGGCCCUCUUGCUAUUGACAAGGCUGACUUUGACUUUGUCAAGUACGCGACCAACUCGACGUUAUCAGAAGGCAAGUUCCAGCGGGAUCUGAUUGAACUGGUGACUACGAACGGGGCACUGCAGCGCAAGAGCUCAAUUGCAAACAUCAUCCAUCCCCCUCUGGACAACGGAGCUCUUGUGAACUGGCUGGACAUUAACCCGUUCCUUCCGAAAGUGAACAACCUACAACAGUGUGGCAACAAUGGUGCAUGUAAAAUGAACCAAACACGUCGCAAGGCAAACUUCGUCAAGCUCAAAGCUGCCCACUUCUUUGCCUCACCUCAAGAUGAUAUUCAGUCUCCGUGGCAAAGCUGCUUGCUUGGCAAGUACUCGACCGUUGCAGCAUUGGACGAAAUUGAGACUAAGUUUGCGGAGUUUACGAUUGUCCCGAUGAAGGACACGGUCGAGUAUAAGGAGGAUCUGUACGGCCUAAAGACCCUCGACAAAGCUGGUGGCCUUCACCUUCACGAGGUAGCCGACGUGCCUCACAACUGCUGGUUGCUGGACUAUACCUCAUUGGCCUCAGGUAUUGCGUGCCAACACGCGCCUGUAUACGGCGCUAAAAUCUAUCCUCUUCUAGUGUAA